CUCGCACCGCGCCGUCCUUCCACAACAGCAACGUGCGCUGAUCCUCGCGCCUUGCCUGCAGCUUCGUUGCUUGGUUGCUUGCUUGACACGUGUCUUGACACGUGUGUGGUGGUCAAGAUGGAUGUGGAAGGUGGGCCCCAAACGAGCGCAAGAGAGGACCAGCCUCUGUUGAUCCAAACUAUCGAUGGCGUCGGAAGGCCAAAGACAUGGUGGAAAUCAGAAACCUUCAUCCUCAUUGCAGGAUCCAUUGCGGUUCUUGGCAUCGGCACUGGUGUGGGAUUUGCAACCCCAAUCCCAUCCGACUUGAAGGAACACCACACCCUCGGUGUUGUCAGCAACGUCCUGGGAGGCAUCUACUUCUUUGCUUGGUCCAUCUCGUUCUGGCCACAGGUGUUUCUCAACUACUCGCUCAAGAGCACUGUGGGCAUGUCGUACGAUUACCAAGCAUACAAUGUCAUUGGUUACGUCGCGUAUAGCAUCUUCAACAGCCUGUUCUUCUGGUCUCCUCCCGUGCAGCGAGACUACGAGCGCCAUCACCACGGAAAGAAGAACCAGGUUCAAGCGUCCGACGUCUUCUUUGCGCUCCAUGGCGUUGCCGUCACCAUCAUCAUCUGUGUGCAAAUUGUCAUCUAUGAGCGAGGGAACCAGAAGGUUUCCAAGUUCUGCUGGGGGGUGUGCGGUCUCUCCGUGGUGGUGGCGGCCCUGUUUGCCAUCCUGUGCGCGACCGUUGGCCACGGCUUCUUCAUCUGGCUCAACUUUUACGAACUUGUUGCCGACAUCAAACUGCUCGUCACGUUUAUCAAGUACAUGCCCCAGGUGUACAUGAACUACAAGCGCAAGUCCACGGCGGGCAUGAACGUGCACAACUUUUUGCUGGAUUUUCUUGGCGGUGUUCUCUCGGUCGCCCAGCUCAUGAUGGACUCAGCGAUCACGCACGACUGGUCGGCGAUCAGUGGGGACGCAGCCAAGUUUGGGCUUGGCGUCAUUGCCAUGGUCUUCGACACCAUCAUCAUCAUUCAACACUAUGUCGUGUACAACAAGAAGCGCGGCGCAGAAGAUGGACACGACAGCACACACCCAUCGGACCAAAUCAGCGCUGGUGGUGGUGCAGAAUAGACGUGCGUCGGUACCAGACGACAGAAAAGUGUGUGUGUGUGUGUGUGUGUGUGUGUGUGUCUGUGUGUGUGUGUGUGUCUGUGUGUGUGUAUGUGUGUGUCUGUGUGUGUGAAUGAGAGAGGGAUUGUGCUUGUCCAUGAGGAGGCUGUUCAGACGUGUAGCUUCCAAGUGCAACAGUCAGAGAGGACCAAGAGUAGAUGUCCAGCUAGG